UGUCUGUUGGAUGGCAGCUGCACCUAGGUGACACGUAACUAAAAUUAAAGGUGCAGUAUAGGCCGCGUUUGUUCGGACUCUUGAGCUGGCUUUUUGAAGUUAUUAAGAAUGCACAGUAGCGUAACUGGGUGAAUACUUGCAUGCAUUUUUGUCGCAACACUUAUCAAGUUGUUUCCAGGGAGUUAUUUCAUUCAUUUUCCUCUAAUUUCGCGGAAGUUAAGUUGUUGCGCUACUCACAUAGGUAUAAAACAUGAUCUAAGCUUUUUCGUAAAGUAGGUUAGCUACUUUGUCGCCACGCAAAAAAUAUCAACAAUGUCCGCAGUUUUAUUAUAAGUGAAGGAAUGCGCAUCCGGUUUUCAUUCACGCUGGAUCCACACUGACAACACCAGGAGAAGGCUGUGGGAUUUGCAAUCGGAGAAUAAGGACUGGUGAAAAGUUUGGAAAAGUUUCACUGAAGUUUUGCUGCUGACAGACUGCGAGGUGGCUAGCGACGCAGCAGUCAUGGGCAACGGAGUGUGCUCUCGAAGACAGAGGAAGAUCUUCCAGUCUCUCUUGGCCGUCACGAUAAUAUUCGGAAUGAUAUACGGAGGCAUGGUCUCCUAUGAAAUGCAUAAACAGCUCAAACGGACAGAAGCAUUAGCCUCGAAGUAUCAGCAGCACCAGGAGUCCCUUUCGGCGCAGCUUCAAGUUGUGUACGAGCACCGGUCUCGCCUGGAGAAGUCCCUGCAGAAGGAACGGCUGGACCACAAGAAGGCCAAAGAAGAUUUCCUGGUGUACAAGCUGGAGGCCCAACAGUCUCUGAACAAGGAGAAGCAAGAUUCUGGCAACAGAUUCAACUCACUGCAUGUCCAACAUUCGAUGCUGAAGAAACAGCACGAUGACCUGAAGAAGCAAUACUACGACCUGCAGGAGCAGCACCAGAUCCAGGGAGAGGACCACAGCAAGGUGGUGGACGAGCACAAGCAGAGGUUCGACCAGCUGCAGCAGACCAAGGAGAUAGAACUCUCCAACCUUAAAGAGAGCAUCUAUAACCUGCGUGAGGAGAACAGGCAGCUGAGGAAGGCCCAUCAGGAGAUCCACGUACAGCUGCAGGAUGCUCGGCAACAGCACAAGGACUUAAGGUCGUCGCACGACAAGCUUACAAUGGUGCUAGAGGACCACAGGAGUGCACUGGCGGUCGCCCAGGCCCAGGUGGAUGAGUACCGGCAGCUGAAGGACACUCUGAAGGUGCCCAGUGGCCUACACCAGCCAGGGAGCAACCAGGUGGCCCAGCAGCAGCAGCAGCAGCCACAGCCUCCAGCCCCGCAGGAGCACCAGCAGCAGCAGGCUGCCCAGGAGGACAAGCAAGAGGGGGACACCCAGCCCAGGCUGCACGCGCAGGAGGCAGAUGGGGAGGUGGUGGAGGAGGAGGAGGUGAUCCAGACAGAGGAGGGAGGCGCGGCGCAGGAGGAGCGGAGGAGGGAGCUGGCCGAGGAGGAGAUGGAGCAGGCCGGUAAGCCCCAGAAGCUGGUGGAGGACCUGGACCAGCAACAGGAGCACCACCACGAGGAGGAGCAGGAGCAGGAGCAGGAGCAGGAGCAGGAGGAGGAGCAUCAGAACGAGCUGCCUGACGAGAACGCCAUCGCCCACCGGGACCAGCACCAGGAGGCGGCAGCGGCGGCAGCGGUGGCCCCGGCAGCGGAGCGCGUCAAGUCUGCGUACGAGCAGCAGCAGGAGCAGCAGCUCGUGGCGGCGCAACAGGCGGAGCAGCGUCGUCAGCUGCAGCAGCGUCAGCAGGCCCUGCAGCAGCAGCAGCAGCAGCUGAUGAGGGAGAGGCAGGAGAGGCUGCGGCUGCAGAGGGAGAGGGAGGAGCAGAUGCAGCGGCAGGCGGACCAGCGCGAACACAUGAUGCGCCAGGAGCAACUCAGGCAAAAGUCUCACUAUGAGAAUAUGGAUGCAGACAUCGUCCAGGGGGAGGACGAGGCCAAGGCUGAUGAGGACGAAGAGAGGCACAUCCAUCAUGAAGAAGAGGAGGAGGGGGACAAGCAGGUGGCCGUCCAGCAGAGACAUCAGGAGGAGGAAGAGGAGGAGGAGGAGAAGCCGGUGGAGACGGACAUGGACCCGGAGGACGACCCCAACAACCAGGGAGAGGACGAGUUUGAGGAGGCCGAGCUGCCGCAACAGCACAAGGGGGAGGCGGGAGGACACGAGGGGCAGGCAGCGGCUGCCAGACACCCCAACCCGCCCGCCGCCGCACAGCACCAUGUGGACGACCAGCUGGUGAUGGAUGGCAACCCGGAUAGGCAAGAGGACACCAUAGACGACCAGUACCAGGAGGAGGGAGACGACGAGGCCCAAGAAGACCUCCCCGUGGAUGGCAAACGAGAGGAAGAGGUGGUCGAGGAGGAAGAGGAAGACCCUUACAAUGAAAACGCUGAGCAGGAUCAAGAGGUCAAAGACGACGGUGUAGCGGUCAAGGAGGACCACGAGGUAAACAAAGACCGGGCAGUCAACGAGGAGGAGAAUUACGAGGAAGAGGAGGAGGAGGAAGAGGAAGAGGAGGCUGUCGGACCAAAUAAACGGACCAAUCGCAGAGCAGAGAUGUGAGGGGGGACCAAUGAACUUCACUGGCUUCCCUCUUUACAGAGGCUGUUAUAAACUUCUUUGUGCCUUCAUCCCAGAUGAAUGACAAUUAUGGAGCACAGAACAGAGCACAGAAUUCCAGUGGGGAUAAUGCAGAGGUCCGCUGGGAUCGGAUCUGUGUUCCUUCUCCGCACGUUGGGAUCUGAACUGAUUCACGAGGCCAUGGAAAUGAACAAGCCACCCACUUACAGAGGAAAUCUUAAAAAGUUUUCAAAGUGUCACUUGUAUUGUAUAGUGUUUUGUUUUGUAUUCCAAGUAUUACAACACUGUUGAAAGUCCACGAGAAAGGGGAUAGACCAACUCCGCAAAAUAGGUCUAUACAUCACAAACUGUCACCGUUAUGCCUGUGUCAUAGGCUGUUGUUCCUGUUUCGAGUGCCAUUCUAGCCAUCUCCUUUUUAUUUACAGUUAUUUAAUUCUAAUUUACACACACACACACACACCAGAAAUUUGUAAUUUUUUAUAUCUUGAGUGAACAUUUUGUAAAUUACUUUUUCGUGUGUAAAUUCUUAGUGGAUUCCUACUCUGUCCUCAACAAGGGUGAUGUUUUCAAUUUCAAAGUGGCAAAGCGUGUGUGGACCUAGUGCGAGCAGACCAAAGUGUGGAUCUUCUCAAACACAAGUGCACCACACUAUUCUACAGAGGCCAUCAAUGAUGUUUGUGUGUCUUUGCCAGUGUCUUUGAGCCACAGAUCCUGUCUCACAUGUAAAAUCUCUGCUGCCUAGAUACAGUAGAUGUGCGACCCAACUCCCCUUUCAGUUGAACCAUGCAGUCGACAACCUAGUGUUGGUUGGAAGUGAAUGUGUGUGCAAAUGCUGUCUAUGUAAUAUUGCAGGGCUGGAGUUAAGCCUCAGACAUGGCAGAGACAUUAGAAUGUGAUUCGUUCACUUCAAUCAGGUCUGCAUGUUACUGAGAACUGAUGAAUGUAUGUAGGAUCUAUUCACUGUUUUUUUUUUUAUUCAAAUCCAUCUCCUGCCUAAGGGCAGUGGAGAGGGUGAAAUGUGCUGUAAGUACACGUUUGCCAUUUUUAUUUCCAUCUAUCGUAAUGAGUAGAUAACAUAUUAACACCACAACUUCUUUCAUUUUUAUAUUAUUUUAUUCUUCUUAAAAAAACAUGACCUAUUUAUUAUUUGUUUGAUUUUAGCUCAUAUUGUUUAGUCAAUUCAUGCCCUUGUGAAGACAAUGCACCCUCUUGCUGUGGCACUGAGCCCAAUAGAGAUUGUUGGGUCAACUGGCUUUCGUUGGUUCAGCUAUUAUGCACUCUUGUCACAUUUUGGCUGGGGCUACACGGGAUGGGUUAUGUUACAGUACAAUAACAAUUACAAUUACAAUCACAAGUCGCUUUUAUCUAAGGUGACUUACAGUAAUUUAUAGGGUAUAGGUUACAGUCCCCGGUGCAAAGUGGGCUUAAGUGCCUUGCUCAAGGGCACUUCAGCCAUGGAUGAAGGUGUAGGGAGAGGUAUGGGUGGGAUUCGAACCUGCAACCCUCUUAAGUCUAAUCUUAAGUCCACCUUUCUAACUGCUGUCAUGGCUGCCAAUUAUUAUGUUAAGUCGAGUUGCAUCAGUAAUAUAGAAAAGAAUGGGCUGUUUUAGCAUGUUCACUGCGGUUCCAUGUCUGCAGUAGUAUCCAGUUCCGUUGAGUCUUUGACUUUAACACAUCUGGUGUAGCCCCAGUAUUCAACCCCUUGGUGUUCUAUGUGCUUUGAUUUGCCACAGUCACCUCCAUAGGUAAUAGGGGGAGUGUGGGUGGAUUCCAAUAUGCGGACUUCCGUCCUCCCUUGCUCACUUGCCUGCUUGUGACCGCAUGAUGAUGUCACUGACGACGACAGAAAAUUAAUUCAAUAUCUUGCAAAAGCACAAUUGUAAUGUAAUUUUCUCAUUUGCAAUUGGGAUGGUAAAUGAAAAACAGUCCCCCAAAAUUUAUUGUGGCUAGGCUGAAACUUUAUUGUUUUCUCCACGGAGGCAAGGCUAGGAGGCGGGGCGAGGCCACAAGCACAAGUGGAGGACAGGAAUGUGCAUAUCGGAAUGUACCCACUGUGGACUCAAAAGCAUGGCCACUUGGCGCUCUGCUCUUAAAUGGGGGUGUCUCCCAGGGUUCCUGGGAGAAACAAAUGCCAAUGGAUAAACAGUUAGGAAAGAGAAAACAACAUAAAUUGUACUUGUCUUAGUUGUACUCUUGACCGAAUUGUAAAAUGUCCCACUAUACGACUGUACUGUAUGUUUAACAGUGGAGUCCAGUGCAUUUGAUACCAAGUGAGUGUGUAUUUUUUAUGUAAGGCCCCUCAUCUUGUCUUUUCUAGACAAAAAAAGGUUACUGAGGCUGUUCACCAAUCAUGCAUAUGUUUGCUGCAAAACAUAGAUUUUGUAUACUGACUGUACAGAGUUUUUAUUCAUUAUUGAAAUGUACUAUUUCUGAGAGAAGGUGGUUGCAAAGGAAUGUGACUUCAAAAAAAAGAAGGUUACACAUUUUUGGUCAAUAAAAUGGUGAAGGCUUUGAUUUGA